AUGAAAUUGAAAUUUUUAUCAAUAUUUUUCAUAAUAAACAUUUUAAAUGUUUUAAAUGUGAUCGCCACUACUAACGUUAGACGUUGUUGGGAUCAUAUAAAUCCAUUAAAUCCAAAAGAAAGAAUAAAAGUACCUUGUUAUUCUACGACAUCAGAACGAUCAAAUGAUUUUGAAAAACGUGAAGAUGUUAAUAUGUUUAAUGUUACGUUACGUUGUCUAGUUGAUGAUGAAACACUUUGUAAUAAAGUACAAGCAGCAUUUGACGAAGCAGGAAGAAUAAUUACAGAAACCAUAUUAUUUAAUACUCAAGUAACAGUUAAUGCUUCUUUUGUUGAUUUUUGUACAGAAUAUCAAUCAUGCACUACAAAUGGAACUAUUGUUCUUGGUGGAGCAAGUCCUGCAAAAACUAUACAACUAACGGAUGAUGAUGGAAUUGAUAGAUUAUUUCCUCAAUCACUUGUAAAACAAAUGAAUUUAAGCUAUCCACUGGAUUAUUCUACAUUUGAUAUUCUCGCAUUAUUCAAUAGUAAUGGAAAUUAUUGGUUUGAUGGAGAUGGAUCAAUAAAUCAAAGUCAAUCAGAUUUCUUAUUCGUAAUAUUACAUGAAUUAAUUCAUGGAUUAGGAUUCACUACUGGUUAUGAUGAUUAUAUAAAUUAUGAACCUGAAGCAUUAACACCUGAAGUUACCGUCGAUCCAAUUUCCCCUUUAUCUGAUGCAUUCACUUUUAGUGGAUUUGUGGAAUAUAUAUUUGAUAAAUUCAUGGUUAUCCUACCAUCUGGUAAACGAGUUACGGAUAUUACCAAACAAUUAAAUAAUUUUACUGGAGAAGGCGUAUUUAGUUCCACCAAUGAAUUUGUAACUAAAUUUAAAGCAUCACCACAAUAUCCAAUUGCAGAACAAAUGUUUACUAAUGCUUCUACACCAAAUUCUUUAGGAUUAUUACCUGUAGGUUCAAAUGAUGCAAGUAAAGCUAUAAUUCUUGAAACUUCAUUAGUCAAUUAUGUACCUGGAUCAAGUAUAAGUCACGUUGAUUUUAAAACUUAUUCGAAUACUAGUGAUUUCUUGAUGAAAUAUUUACAAACUCCUGGAAUCACAUUGAGUCAAUUUAUAAAAAAUGGUGGAGAUUAUUCAGGUGGCCCAAUUGGUCCAAAAUUGAGAUUAUUUCUAAAAUGGAUUGGAUACAUUGUUAAAAAUGAUACUGUAGAUAUUUUAUAUGAACCAACAACUGAUAAUAAUAAUGAUUUAAUGAAAGAAAGUACCACAAUUACUACACCAAGAGAUGAUUAG